GAAACAAAUUUGAACAAAGCAUGCCUACUGGGUUUUCCAUGGGACGGUGGUCAAAAAGAAAGAAAAAAAACACGUUAGGCACACAGUUCUAAUGAAGAGAAACACUUCCUUUACUGCCUUCCUUUCUUUAGCUAGCUCAUUUUCGCGUCACAGCUCCGCCGCGCCAACUUCACCUUUUUGCGUCGGCGGAGCCGCAAUGACAGUUCACUUGUUUUCCGGAAAGUUAUUGUCGAGGAGCCAAGAAAAGCAUAUCGGAUCACCGGUAAUCGGGGGCUACAGAGGCAUCUAGGCGGGGGGAAUCCUCCGAUACCGAGCUGUGUCCCCCGGAGGCGAUGACCUAAAUGGAUCAAUUACCGCACAUGUAGCUGGACCCGCUAGAUCUGCAGUGCCUGAGGUUUGCCAGCAGUACGAAAAACGGGCCAAUUGGUUCGUGAAAGAAAUACUAAUUAAGUUGGUCGGCAGAUGAAAAGCUCCCGAGCGGCUCUCGGCCGCCGCGAUGGAGACUCCGUCCCCUACCGAUCGCCGCCAGCGCUGGGCGCGCACCAGCCGUCGCUGGCACACCCUGGAAGAGGCUGACCCCCAGAGCUCUCACACUCCCGUAGGAAUAUCUUCUGACAACUCUGCUCUCUCAGAAGGAUGCUCGACAGGAAAGAUUGAGAGCUGGCUGCAGGCCUGGGGACCUGAGGAGGGCACGGACAUUCAUCAGAGUUUUGUUGCAGAGCCUUUCCUGAAAUCCGGGGCCAGUUUUGAAGAUGAUCUGAGUCUAGGAGCUGAAGCUUUGGCUUUCAGCACCCAAGCUGAUGGACCAGAGAUAAAGGAGGGUAGAGGGGGCUGUCCGCUGCUGUUGCCCCCACCUAGGCCACGCAGCAAGGGGCAGGCCACCAGCACUCCCAAUGAGAAACUGGCCCCACCGCUCUCCCACCUGGGCCACAGCACCACCUCCAGCGCCCUCUCGUCUUCCAGCAGGACCGCCUCCAGCGUGCAGGACCUGCUGCAGCUCUAUGCCGAGGACGCGGAGGACACGUUAUACCAGCUGGGCUUCGGCGGCUGUGACGAGCCGCAGGUCACGGCCCGCAUCCCAGCCCGUUUCUUCAGCUUCCCUUCCCAGCUGCACGGCAUUAAUUUUCGAGUCUUCCUGGAAUCACAGCUGGCCCGCCUGCAUCAGGAAGACCCGAGCCUCUCGCUGGCCAGCCGCUUCCGGCAGGUGGAGGUGUUGGCGGCAACAGCCAACGCCUUCUACUCGCUGUAUUCACACGUGUCGCGGACUCCACUCCAGAAGCUGGCGCCGCCCGACAUGAGCUUCGCCCAGUCUCCAGCGGAGACCAGGAUGGCGCCGCGCUUCUUCAGCAGCGCCCGCAGCGAGCCGAAGUCUCCAGUCGAGCGCCUCAAGGACACUGUAUCCAAAAUGUGCCUGUAUACAGGCUCCUCCCUCCGGUCUCCAGAGGCCACCUCCGUCUGCAAGCGUCCCAGUCUGCCGGAUGUCAUAGAAGCUGUCCUGGAGAGGGUCAAGGGUGGUGAUACUGUAGCUGAACAGGCUGAGGAAAGCAUGUUGGGUGGGGAUGUGAACAAAGACAACAGAAUGGAGAACCAGAGGGAUUCUGGGAAAGAGAGGGAAGAGCAAAAGACAAAAGCAGAGAGACAUAACUUGGACUGUAGGGAUCCCAGGGGCAGAACUGCCAAGGGGGGAGCAAACAAAGCUGAAACACUGAGCAUUUCUCCACUCCUUCAAAAAGAAGACUCCAAAACAAAUCAGUGCACCUCCAGUCCUCUUAGCAAGGGGUUUCAACUAACUAGCAACCCCUACUUUAACCCAGAUAAACCCUCAAGUACCACUGAUGAUGCUCAAACCCCACCCAGGAGUCCCCCAAAAAGCCUUUGUCUAGGAGCAAAAUUCUCAAAGGAUAUCAUUUGUCCUCAGAUCAUGGAGAGAGUACACCAGGUGCCCUUCAGCUGCCUUCAAAGGAAUGAUGAGCCAGCUUCUUCCAUCAUGGUUCAUCCUGAUGGGAAUCCCAGAAUGGAUGAGUCUGAUUUAACCACAGAGGGCCAAGCUGUGCUUGGAGAAGAGAUGAUCCACACAGACACGGACACUGAAGUUCUUCUGCUUGAAUCCAGGGCACUGGACAAUGAGAGGUACAUGGGAGAUGUUCAUCUGGACAAUGCAGAACAUUUGGAAUCCAUGCCUUCCGCCCAUUCUGACCCUGCUAAGCAGAGUUCCCCAUGCCGCAUCACUGUGACUGGGUGGGAGGGAGACACCCCAGCUACAACAAAAGGGUCUGCAACUAUUAGCGAUGUCCAGGAAACCCCUGAUCCCGAGUCACUAGGCAGCCGGAACUUCCUGAAUCCCGUUGAGCUGUGUACUCUUGGACAGACUCCCCACAGUCUCCAACAGGCCAACUCCUUUGAGCUGGAAGAGGUGUGCAGUGCAGGGGAAGAUGAUCCUACACAAUCAGACUCCAGACGUUCAUCAUCUCUUCUGUCAGCUAUUAAUCAACGUAGAGACUUCCUCUUGCGUGGGGACAGCCUGCAGUCGGACAGCAGUGGCUACGUGGAAGAGGACCAUCCUUUUCCCAGCAGCCCCGAGCACGACGGAAGCUGCAGCCAGUUGACCCCACAGUUGACCCCACAGUUGCCCCGCUCUCCCUUAGCUGGGAAGGACCAAGAAUGAAAUGGCGGUAUCGCCCAGACUUUCCGCCUUUGCUUAAGUGAAGGCAUUUCUCUACAUCCGCCUUUGUAGUACUUAAGACGUCUUGCUCUUUAGACGUGUAUAAAUCGUCAGUCCUGGAUAUCAUUUUUUUUUUGGCAUCAACAUAAAAUCUUGGCACAUGAUUCGAACUGGAAAGAGAACUAUGACAUUUUUCUUUUAACAUUACAGCGAACGCUGCUUUUAUUUAUUAAAAUUAUUUAUAAAUACAA